AACCUCCGAACCCGCUCAAAACGACUCCCUCAAACGUGUCUUUCGGGACCGAUCGGAGAGAGGGCCAGGGAGGAUCGGAUCGGACCGGAUCGGAUCGUCACCGGAUUACCGAAGAUUAUCACAGGAACAGAUCCUGCAGCGACCGACGGACACAGUUCCUUGAGGAUCAGCAGCUGCAUUUUUCAUUUUCCUCACUAUGGCUGAGACUGAGGGGAAGUUUGACUUCGCCAUAGACCGAGGUGGCACCUUCACCGAUGUGUUUGCGCGCCUGCCUGAUGGCCGCGAGAGAGUCCUCAAACUGCUGUCCAGAGACCCACAGAACUACAAAGACGCUCCCACUGAGGGCAUCCGCAGGGUCUUGGAGGAGGAAUCGGGGCGACUCUUCCCUCGUGACCAGCCUGUUGACACCGCCCUGAUUGGCUGGAUCCGAAUGGGCACCACCGUGGCAACCAAUGCCCUGCUGGAGAGGGAAGGAGAACGGACCGCACUGCUGGUCACAAAAGGCUUCAAGGACCUGCUGCACAUUGGCACACAGGCCAGGCCCAAACUUUUUGAUUUGGAGGUCGCCGUCCCUGAUGUGCUGUAUGAGGAGGUCAUAGAGGUGGAUGAGCGAGUCGUCCUCUGUCAAGACGACUGCCAGCUGCCCAGGAAAGAUCCCAAACGAUUUGUAACAGGCAGUACAGGUGAUUCUCUGGAGGUGUGGCAGGAACUGGAUCUGGAAAAAGUGGAAAAGGACCUGAGAGGAGUUCUGUCCCGCGGUAUCUCCAGCGUCGCCGUCCUCCUCCUCCACUCGUACACCUGGUCCGAUCAUGAGAAAGCGGUGGGCUCUCUCGCCCGUCGUCUGGGUUUCACUCAGGUGUCUCUCUCCAGCGAGGUCAUGCCGAUGGUGCGGGCGGUCCCUCGGGGCUACACGGUCUGCGCGGACGCCUAUCUCACACCCAAAAUUCAUCAGUAUUUAAAAGGAUUCACUGCCGGCUUCAAAGGUGGCCUGAAGGAUGUAGAUGUGUUGUUCAUGCAGUCAGAUGGCGGUCUGACCCCCAUGGAGCAGUUCUGCGGCUCAAGAGCCAUUCUCUCUGGCCCAGCAGGGGGCGUGGUGGGAUACGCCGUCACCUCCUACAGCCAAAUGGAGAAGAAGCCCGUGAUUGGCUUUGAUAUGGGUGGAACCUCCACCGAUGUGAGCCGCUAUGCUGGCCAGUACGAACACGUGUUUGAGGCCACGACGGCUGGAGUCACCCUGCAAGCACCUCAGCUGGACAUCAACACCGUGGCUGCGGGCGGGGGGUCCCAACUCUUUUUCAGAUCAGGGAUGUUUGUCGUAGGACCAGAAUCUGCAGGUGCACAUCCAGGACCGGCCUGUUACAGGAAAGGCGGCCCUCUGACUGUGACCGAUGCUAACUUAGCUCUGGGUCGCCUUCUUCCUCCAUUCUUUCCUAAAAUCUUCGGCCCCGCUGAGAACGAACCGUUGUCGUUGGAAGACACCAUGACGCAUUUCCGUCGUCUUACUGAGGAGAUCAACAACUUCCUGUCUGCAAGCCAAAGCCAGGCCAAUGGCGGCACAAACUCUCAGAACAACAUGGUGCCAAUCAGCCAAUCCACAAUGAGCGUGGAAGACGUGGCGAUGGGAUUCAUUCGUGUUGCUAACGAGGCGAUGUGUCGACCAAUCAGGGCUUUGACGCAAGCCAAAGGUCAUGACACGUCUCAGCAUGUGCUGGCGUGUUUCGGCGGUGCAGGAGGUCAGCAUGCCUGCUCUAUAGCCCGAGCUCUGGGAAUGAAGACCGUCUUCAUCCAUAAGUACAGCGGCGUGCUGUCGGCGUACGGUCUUGCCCUGGCAGACGUCGUGGAAGAGGUGCAGGAGCCGUGCUCUCUUAAGUACGAGCAGCGGUGUUUCAGCGAACUGGACCGCAGGAUGGAGCAACUCUGCAGACGCUGCCGCGACACGCUGACCGCACGCGGCUUCUCGAGUGGUCAGAUAUCUACUGAGGUUUUUCUCCACCUGCGUUACGAAGGCACCGACUGCGCCCUCAUGGUUACGGCUGACGGUUACCCCGUAAACGCCCACUCCUGUCGAGCGGGCGACUUCAGCAGCGCCUUCACCAAACGUUAUUUGAAGGAGUUCGGGUUCACCAUCCCAGACAGAGCCAUCAUGGUGGACGACAUCAGAGUGAGAGGCUGCGGAAAAUCUGGGAUCAGCUCCAUGCAUAAAUCAAAGACGGGACACAAACAAGCCAAACCUGUCAUGAUGACCAAGUGCUUCUUUGAAGACGGUUACAUGGACACCAGUGUGUUUCUGUGGGAGGAACUUCCAUGUGGCAAAAGCAUCCAAGGACCGGCCAUCAUCAUCGACAAAAACAGCACCAUCCUGGUGGAGCCGCACUGCGAGGCCUGCCUGACGGAGGACGGCGACGUCUGCCUGGCUGUCGGCUCAGACUCUCAGUGCGCCCUCGGCACUGAGCUCAACACCGUGCAGCUCUCCAUCUUCUCCCACCGCUUCAUGAGCAUAGCGGAGCAGAUGGGCAGAGUCCUCCAGAGGACCUCCAUCUCCACGAACAUCAAGGAGCGUCUGGACUUCUCCUGCGCCGUGUUUGGGCCCGACGGAGGCCUGGUGUCGAACGCGCCUCACAUCCCUGUCCACCUGGGGGCCAUGCAGGAGACCGUCCAGUACCAGAUCCGAUCACUGGGAAACGAGCUGAGAGAAGGAGACGUGAUUCUGAGUAAUCACCCGUGCGCUGGCGGCAGCCACCUUCCAGACUUGACCGUCAUCACACCGGUGUUUCGAAAAGGAGUCCACAGGCCUGUGUUCUUUGUGGCCAGCAGAGGGCAUCAUGCCGACAUCGGAGGCAUCACUCCGGGCUCCAUGCCCCCCCACUCCACUUCCCUUCAGCAGGAGGGGGCGGUCUUUGUUUCAUUUAAGCUCGUCACUGGGGGAGUCUUCCAGGAAGAAGCCGUCACCGAAGCUCUGAUGGCUCCGGCUCAGCACCCCGGCUGCUCUGGGACUCGUAAUCUCCAUGACAAUCUGUCAGACCUGCGGGCUCAGGUGGCAGCCAACCAGAGGGGCAGCCAAUUAGUGGGGGAGCUGAUCGACUGCUAUGGGUUAGACGUGGUCCAGGCCUACAUGGGAUACAUCCAGAGUAAUGCUGAGCUGGCCGUUAGGGACAUGCUCAGAGAGUUCGCACAACGCCGGCGUCGUCAGACCGGCGGCUGCUUAGAGGUGAAAUCAGAAGAUUUUAUGGACGACGGGACACCGAUCAGACUCCGGGUCCAGAUUAAUGAAGAAGAGGGCAGUGCCGUGUUUGACUUCACAGGAACUGGACCCGAGGUGUGGGGGAACUGCAACGCUCCACGGGCCAUCACCCUGUCCGCUCUCAUCUACUGCCUGCGCUGCAUGGUCGGCCAGGACAUCCCUCUCAAUCAGGGCUGUCUGAAGCCGAUCAACGUGAUCGUCCCCCCCGGCUCCAUCCUCCAGCCGUCCCAGAAUGCAGCUGUGGUCGGAGGAAACGUGCUCACGUCUCAGAGAGUGGUGGACGUCAUAUUUAAGGCGUUUGAGGUGUGCGCCGCCUCCCAGGGCUGCAUGAACAACAUUUCCUUCGGCAGCGAGCGAGUCGGCUAUUACGAGACGGUGGCUGGAGGUGCGGGGGCGGGGCCCGGCUGGCACGGCCGGAGCGGCGUCCACUCUCACAUGACCAACACCCGCAUCACCGAUCCAGAGAUUUUGGAAAAAAGGUAUCCAGUGAUUUUAGAGCAUUUCUCCCUGCGACCCGGCUCAGGAGGCGCGGGAACGUGCCAAGGAGGCGACGGCGUCAUCCGUAAACUUCGGUUCAGGAAGAAGGUGGUCCUGUCCGUCCUGACGGAGAGACGGGCCAUCCGCCCCUACGGCCUUCAAGGGGGCGAGGAUGGCGCCACGGGGCUCAACCUGCUGCACAGAGCUGACGGUCGAAUCCUCAACCUGGGAGCAAAGACCAGUGUCAGCCUGGAGCCAGGAGACAUGUUCUGCCUUUACACCCCGGGAGGAGGGGGGUUUGGGAGCGAGGGAGACCUGAAGAGCGGCGGACCUCACAGCAAGCGAAGGCGUCUGAAUGAGGUGUUCACUGAGAGGGGCAGUGUGUUUGAGUACAGAAUGGCUCAAGAGGGAGUGUAAAGAGAAAUAAUGAAGAACUGGAAGGAAAUCGUAGGAAACAAGAGUCAGACUUCAUCAAAUUGAAUUACCAAAAGAUACAAAAAGAAAGUUAAAGGUAAAACUGUGACAGGCAUGUUUUCUAGCAUUAUAGUGUGAAAAAUAAGACAAUGGCACAUACCAAA